AUGGAUAAUAAAUGUGCCAUAAUCAAGCUUCCUCAUCAUUUACAACAAAAACUGUGUCAUACACGACCAUUAUACAGACAAGGGAAAAAAUUAACGUCUGUGAAGGUUUAUACAAUAAAUGAUGAAUCAAAACAUUUGAUGAUAUGUGGAGUACCCAAACUCCAAUUAGGUGAAGAAGUGAGAAAACUUGUUGAACCUUAUGGUACUAUCGAAAAGAUAUACAUAGUACCUGAUUACCCUACAGAAGAAUUUACAGAAACAUAUUAUGUGCAAUAUAUUCAUGUACAAAGUGCAAGAAUAGCAAAGCGGUACGUUGAUGGUAAAAAUUUUUAUGGUGGUUCGUUACAUGUUUUUUAUGUACCUGAACUUGAAAGUAUCUCAGACACUAAAGAGAAGCUUCUACAGCGUCAAAAAGAAGUAGCUAUGCGUAUAAAGAAGAAUCAGAAAGAUAUGUUAAACCCAAAUGUUGAUAAAUUUCUUCCUAAAGAACAAUAUAACAGAAGAAAAAAAACGCCUGCUUUACCAUUGACAGAAGAGCGACUCCAUCAACAGUAUCCUGGAAAAACAUUAGUUUCUAUUUAUGAUGGUAUACCACAAAGUUUAGAUCCAAGAGCAGUAUGUGAACCUAAUUCUGUGGAAAAUAAAAGAAAAAAUUACAAAGGACAGUCUGUCAAUACUAAUGUCAAAGUUAGAAUUGUCAGGCCACAAAUUAUUGAUACAAAUACUAUAGUGAAACGAGAUACCUCAAAUAAGAAUGUAUUUUCUAGUCAAAAAAAAGUACAAAGUAAUAUAACUAUUAAGUUAAUACCGAGAAAUGAUAAUGGAAAAAAAAGGAUUGUAAUAAAAAAUCCAAGCGUAUCCCAAUUGGUACAACCAAGUAAAAAUUUACAAUCGUCAAUUGAUAAAGCCAAAUCACAAAUACGAACAGCUAUGCAAAUGAAUAGUAAGGAAAACCCAUGA